AUGCAUGCUAUUGCCCAAUUGGUUGCUUCUCAAGCUGAGCGAGGUACGACCAGUGUGAUAUUGGUUGAGGCCGUUAUGCUUGGACAGUUUAUGAUGGUGGGUCCAUCGUCUUUUAUGGGAGUGAAGGUAGAGGAAGACCCACAGGGCUUUCUUGAUGAGAUGGAGAAAAUCUUUUUAUUAAUGAGGGCUACUAAAAUGGGAAGUGUAAACUUUGCACCUUAUCAACUCAAAGAGGUUGCUUAUCUAUGGUAUGAGGAGUGGAAUAGAGAUAAGGGUGAUAUAAAAGAGGAUGGUUUAUUGGAGGCCUUCUCUGAUACCUUCAUGGAUUGGAUCUUUCCUAAAGAGUUGAGAGAAGCUAAGAUUCAGGAAUUUUCAAACCUCAAUCUAGGCAGAAUGUCUACGAAGGAGUAUGCUUUGAAGUUCCAUCAUUUAUCGAGGUAUAUUUCUGAUUUGGUGAUUGAUAAAAGGUCGAGAAUGAGAAAGUUUGCUUUUGGGGUAAACAAAGAUCUGAUUCUGGAGAGUAAGAACGUUUUGCUCAUGAAAGAUAUGGACAUGUCGAGGCUAACUAUUCACAUGCAGUAG